UUCUUCUCCACCCGCUCAAAUCCUACCGGAAACCACACCCGAAGUCCCGGACAACAACUCAAGCGCAAAAAGAGAAGAAGAGCAGGGAAAGUAAAGGAACAAUGGCUAGUAUUUCCCUCUCCUCCGUCACGGCUUCCUUCUCUUCUCUCUCGUUCUCUUCCCAGGUGUCUCAGAAACCACACAGCCUCUGCUUCUCCCGACCUAGAUCUUUCCCUAACUCCCUUACUGCCAAAACCCCAGUCCUCGUCGUAGCCGCCUCCGCUACUGCUGUCGCCUCUCCAGUGGAUUUGGAGACGACAAGUCUCGUAAAUUACGUCAAAUCGAGGCUCCCCGGUGGUUUUGCCGCUCAGACUAUAUUUGGAACGGGUCGAAGGAAAUGCGCCAUUGCUCGCGUCGUGCUCCAGGAAGGAACUGGCAAAAUUAUCAUCAAUUACCGUGAUGCCAAAGAUUAUCUUCAAGGGAAUCCACUAUGGCUACAGUAUGUCAAAGUCCCAUUGGUAACUUUAGGAUACGAAAGUAGUUAUGAUGUGUUUGUUAAAGCCCAUGGGGGUGGUCUUUCUGGUCAAGCCCAGGCAAUCUCUCUUGGAAUAGCUCGGGCUUUGCUGAAGGUGAGUGAGAACCACAGAGGGCCUCUUAGAAAGCAAGGCCUUCUAACUAGAGACUCAAGAGUGGUGGAGAGGAAGAAAGCAGGUCUCAGGAAGGCCCGAAAAGCUCCUCAAUUCUCAAAACGUUGAGGUUGGAACUCAAAAUACUCUUCUUUUUCAGCCAUAUUUAUUGAGCUUCUGAAACAUUUAUUCUCUUGUGGUAUGUUCCUGUGAUUUCUCAUAUAAUUUCAACCUGGACCAUGUUUAUUGGUCUUCUGUGAAUGUUUACUCUGUAAAAAUUCCCAGUUUUGUUUAGACUGAAAUGGAAGGUUUUCCCUUGAAUUCUUA